GCACCGCUUGCUGCACUGCCAUGAUCACCGCGCGACCACACGCGAGUCUAUAUAACAUACCUCGUCAUGCCUGCCAGCCAUCUCGUGUUCCCCACCCGUUCUCCCUUUCUCCUUUCUCCCCUGACUGCACGUUUUCCUCGGGGCGCAUUUCGCAAAGACUUUCUUCAUUCCAGGUCAUUGUACGCGCGCCCGACUUUACCCAGUUUCCGACUUUCUGCCUUUCGACGAGCCUGAGUGAAACGACCAUCGAGUGACGCACGCACCUGAACUCGCCAUGUCCCGCCACUUCUGCUGCUGCAUUCCCGUCCGCGCGGGUGUCUUCCUCUUCUCCCUCCUCUCAUUCCUCUCCGCGGGCUUCCUCGCUGCAAUAGCCUGGUUUGGUGUUCACCUGAUCCUCACGAAGGCGGAUGGCUACACCAACGUCCCCAAGCGGACCGAGAUCAUCCUCAUCGUCGUAGGCUCGAUCUUCACGCUCAUGGCCCUGACGUCCUUCUUCGGGUUCAUCGGCUCCAUCACGCGCAACCGGCGGUUCGUCAAGUCGUACUCCUUCAUGUCCAUCUUCCUCUUCAUCGGCUCCCUCGUCUCCGCCGCCCUCUUCCUCUACACCCUCUACUCCGAGAAGAACAUCACCACCUCCUGCAUCGUCAACGAGAACGGCGCCGUCAAGAUCGACGACUGCGACACGCACGUCAGCACAGCGGGCAAGAUCGUCGCCACCGUCAUCGUCGCCGUCGAGAUCCUCGUCCACCUCUAUAUCGUGGUGGUCAUCCGGCGGUACGUCGAGCAGCUCGAGGACGAGUCCGACUUCUGGCAGGGCCCGUACAAGCUCACCUCGACCGACGUCAACCAGGGCCUCAUGCAGUCCAAAGCGCCCUACCCGUACAGCGACGCCGCCCACUCCUAUGGCCAGGCAUGAGCGCGUCUCCUUCUACUCGCGCCCGUCGGCAUGCGCCCUUCAGGCAGAUGGACUUGAGGACUGCCGAACUGCGGGACGAGGUGCUGUGUGUUACGCACCUGCUGUACAUACGCGAGCGCACCCAUCUCGUCGUCACGCCCUGCCCCACGCUCUAUUUAUCUUACUCCUUGCUGUAGCGCUUACGUACCCUUUGGACUUUCGUACCGAAUGCAAAACGCCUGGCACUCGUUCCCGAUUGUGAUUGCAACUGCGAUUCCGUGUGGUAGCGCGUGAGGGUAAGUGACUGGAAGGUGAGAGUGCGGAGGAGACUGGUCGCGCUAGGGAAGCACUCUGCAAUCGACGAAGUCGUCAUUCGACAGAUGCAUUAGGCUGGUCUGCGCGCACCGCGUCC